UGUCAAUUAUCCAUGCAGUUAUCAGGGCUUUUUCCGGUCGUUUUGGAGUUCGUGGGUGAUUUUUUAAACAUUUUUGACGUUUCAUUCGAUUUUUUGAGGUGCAGUUGUGUGAUUGGAGUUGUCGUGGGGUUUUUGUUGAGUGUUGAAGGAUUUUUAGAGGCGAAAUGGUGAAUAGUUUGAAGCCUGAGUGCUCCAUUUGCACGUGGUACCCGAAUUUCGCGAAGGUUUCGAUAGAAUCGAGGGUUUUGGUCAUUCCUGAGGAGGUUUCAAAGUACCUUGAGCAUGAUGCUUUUGUUUUGCCUUCUGAGGCAGUGGGGAAACGCGUGGCGAGUGGAGAGUGGACUGAUGGAUCCGCGGUUGAGGAUUCCGGGGAGGAGGCUGAGUUUCAACCGUCCUUCCCGGAGUUCAGUAAGCAGAUUCAGGAGGUCAUUGACGAGUUUGGAGCGGUGUUUGUGAAGACUAACUGGAGAACUCCUCUGGAUGCAACAUGGGUAGCCCCAACAAAAACUCUGAAAUGCACAUCAUUGGAAGAAGUCUAUUUACUCCUAAAGAGUUCUGAUAGAAUUUCUGGAGAUAUCAACGCUGUUAGGCAACUCUCCUGUGAUUCUGAAGGAUUAAAGUCUUGUUUAGUGUUAAAACGGUGGAGGGAUAUCAAUCCUAGCUCAGAAUUCCGAUGUUUUGUCGUCAAUAGACAGUUAAUGGGAAUUUGCCAAAGAGAUUCUUCACAAUUCCAUCCUUAUAUAGAGACGGAUAAAUACAAUAUACAAAGGGAUAUUACGAGUUUAUUCAACGAGAAGAUAAAAGAUAAAUUUAAGCUUGGUAAUUAUACAUUCGACGUGAUUAGAAUAAAGAAAGACAAAGUAAAAAUUGUGGACUUCGGACCGCUGGAUGAAACAUCAACGAAGGGAACUCUCUUCACGUAUUCUGAACUCCAUGAGUCAAUCACAGAGCCUCCAGAAUUUAGAUUCAUAGCUGAGGAGAUGGGGAUUCAGCCAAACACCAGUCAUCACUUCUGUGUGCCGCAGGAGAUCAACGAAUUCUUUAGAACUGGAAAUGACUCGAUGAUGGACAUAAUACGAAGGGAAGUUGAGAAUCAACGCUUAGAGUAACCAAGAAUCUCAAAUAAUAAUGUAUCAACUUGUGAAAAUAAUAAAAAAAACUAUUUUUCGACUGA